GCAGAAACAUCCACCCUGCAGGCAAGCUGACUAGCCAAGUAUUCAGUCUAAAGAAGGGUCUCGACCCGAAACGUCACCCAUUCCUUCUCUAUAGAGAUGCUGCCUGUCCCGCUGAGUUAUUCCAGCAUUUUGUGUCUAUCAGCCAUUUUUUAACCUUUCUAUAGUGGAGUGUGGCUGGAUGGACUGGGAGUGAGAGGGUUAAUGAAUGCAACUAGCAUUUUACUGAUAAAGCACAGUCAGAGUGCUUAAUGGGUUAAGGCCCGUUUACUUCUGUUUAGGCUGCAGUAGAAAGCUCUCUCAAUCUGUAAUUCCUGCUAAUUAUUCUUGUGGGCCAACCCACCACUGUCACAGGAUUGAAUGCGCGUAACUGGCUUGAAGCCAGCAAACCACCUCGGCCCGAGCCACAGACACAACAGGCAAUCAGUUCAGAUAGUUCCCCUUUUUCUCCAAAGGAGCCACCUUGCCUCAUAGGAGCGGGAGAGUUGUGGCGAUAGCAAAGGCUCUUAAACAAGCGAGGAGGCUGGUGUCUGCUCACAGAGCUGCAGCCUAGGAUUCUUACUGCUGCAUGCAACAAUACAUGGCAGGAGUCAGUGUGGAACACUUGGAAGCACCUGCAAUCACGCAAUCACGGCAUCCUCAUAGAGGCAGUCCUUCAAGAUUGUCUAUCUGUUCACUGGCUGGAUAGUCUGACAUUGUAAAAAAUAUAUAUCUCCUGGGACUCCCAACCACACCGAUUUGACUUCACACUGUGAGGCAUCGUAUACACAGACUGAAGAUCUUCAUGAAGGUCUGACGUUGGGUGUUCGUUCCCUCCACCCUCUCCCCGUCCCACGGCCGGCUGGACCUUUGGAGCAUGGAGCUGAAGGUGUGGGUGGACGGGGUUCAGCGAGUGGUCUGUGGCGUCAACGAGAAGACCACGUGCCAGGAGGUUGUCAUUGCUCUGGCUCAGGCCAUGGGUCGCACUGGACGUUACAUACUGAAGGAAAAGUGGAGAGACGUAGAAAGGCAUUUGACGCCAGAUGAGAAGCUCUUGCCAUCGCUCAGUAAGUGGGGCCAGCAGGCCAAGGAUGUCCAGCUGAUUCUCAAUCGCACUGGCCCCUCUCUUGGCCUGCGACCCGCUCCAGAGAAGGCCCAAGGGCCCGAGAGAAACAUCCACCGCCAGAGCCUCCCGACGCUGGCACAGCUGUGGAAUAAAAACGACAGACGCAGCCACUUGAAAGAAGCCAAGAGAAAGUCCCUGAACUUUGCUGAAGGGGCCCGGGAGUGGCUGGAGUCCUUCGGGAAGGGCAAGGAGGCCAAGGCCAACAUCAACGAUGCGGAGACUGGGAAGGAGGCCUCAGGUGUUGCUCAGUCCCCUAGAGAGGACUUGAAUCAGCUGCUCCACGAUCAAAAGGAGAAGCUGCAGAGCCUCCAAGCUGAGCUAGAGUCGACUGAGGCGGAGAUCAGGCACCUGGCGGAGGAGGAUGGCCAUCCCGAGGUGAACAAGCAGAUCAUCAACCUCCAGGAUCUGGUCAGCACGAAGAACACCGAGGCAGAGGAAGUGGAGUUCUGGGAGAACGAGCUAAAAGCUGAGCAGCUCCAUGGGGAAGAGCUGAAGGAGCAGAUGGAGGAGGUGAGGAUGAAGCUGGCGGAAUGCGAGGAGAAACUGAGGCACUGCCUGCUGGAGGCGCAGGUCCUGGAGGCCGGCACGCAGGCUGCCCAGUCCCAGAGGGAACGGGAACAGGUCAAAUCCAGCCCUGGCCUGAGGGACAAGGUUGUGAAGGCGAAGGAGGAGAUAACGGCAAAAUGCCAGGAGGCCGAUCAGCUGGAGGAGAACGCGAGGCUGGUGGAGGCGGCCAUUGGGAAGGUGGAAGAUGUAAUUCAGAGGAAACACUGUGAACUGGAAGAUCUGACCAAAGAGCUCCGCCAGGCAAACCUCCUCCAAUUCAUUCAGCGGACAGGCACUAAGAUCAGCAUCCUCCCUGCACAGGAGGGAUGUACUGAGGUCAUAGAUCCUCACUUCCAUCUUGACUCCCUCAAGCGUGACAUGCUUCCUGCCAAAACCAAGGAUCUUCAGAGCUCAUUGAUCUCCACUUUUAACCAAGAAGGGAUUUAUGUAUAACUCUUUCAUCUUACAAUGAUUUUGAUUCUUUUACGUACAGCAGGGGGUCACUCCAACAUGCAUACCUUGUUCUAACAGCUUUAGCUCUGAUGAUGUUAAUUGGUGUUAGAUAAGAAUACAUAAUUGAAGCUCUGGAGGUUUGAGAAAGGGACUUGCUUUCGUCUGAGUAUGAAAUGCGCUUCAAGGCUCGCAUCACAAGAAGGCAACCUGUAUCCUGUUGUAUCAUGGAUUUUGAUCUGGGACGUAGAUUUGCAACUGAAAUUCUGACAAUAACAGCAUAUACAUAGAUAGAUAUAUAGAUAUGAUGAUGAAAAUGAUGCUGAACAUAGCAUGUAUAUAUUGAAGGUACACAAAAAUGCUGGAGAAACUCAGCGGGUGCAGCAGCAUCUAUGGAGCGAAGGAGAUAGGCAACGUUUCAGGCCGAAAUUUGUGUACCUUCGAUUUUCCAGCAUUUGCAGUUCCUUCUUAAACACAAUGUAUAUAUUGAAACCAGCCAUUGUGAAGCACCAGCAAGACUAUCUGAAUUGUGCACUGAAAUGAACUAUUUGUGUACACCAUGCUGAACAAUUAAUUUAAUACCUAUGGCACAGCAUGUGGUAGGGUACACAUCAUUCUGACACCAUUUUAUAAUUCAUAAAGUUCUGGACAUGAAGUGUACUUGGUUCACUCCAGUGCACUUGAAUAUGUAAUUGGAACCAAGAACAGCAUUAUAUUGUUGUGGAAACAAUAUAUUCAGUAGCUGUUUAUAUAGAGAUCUGAUAUCGAGACUGUGACUAAUAGGAUGCAUAUUAUACUUGAAUCUCCAUAAGUCUGACAAUGUAAUUAACAAACAAAUUGUCAAAUCCACUGCAGUGCAAUGAGAUCUUGUUUAUGUAUAUGGAUCAGUGCUGAGGUUGCAUCAAAUUUUAUUCAGCACAGUAGAUGUAGCAUUGAAAAUACUGUACAUUAAGUAAAUUUAGAAAAUGUUACAAAUACGGGAGUGCUGAGUGAUUACAGUUAAAGCAUUUAUUUUUUCAUAAAUAAAUUCCUAAGUUUUCCAACAGCAGGAGAGCGCUUAGUGUUAUUGGCCCAGAAAGUACACGAAUGAGCUUGUGACCAUAAAGAAAGAAGCUCUAUCAUUACUGACAGGAAUUAAGAAUUAUUUCUACCGUAAUGAAUAUGUUCAUAAGUGGAAGGAGCAGAAUUAGGCCAUUUGGCCCAUCAGGUCUACUCUGCCAUUCAAUCAUGGAUGAUCUAUCUCUCCCUCUUAACCCCAUUCUCCUGCCUUCUCCCCCAUAACCCCUGACACCUGUACUAAUCAAGAAUCUAUCUAUCUCUCCCUUAAAAAUAUCCAUUGACUUGGCCUCCACAGCCGUCUGUGGCAAUGAAUUCCACAGAUUCACCACCCUCUUGACUAAAGAAAGUCCUCCUCAUCUCCUUCCUAAAGGAACGUCCUUUAAUUAUCAGGUUAUGAUCUCUGGUCCUAGAUUCUCCCGCAGAUGAAAACUAGUGGAAUAGGAUGAAAAAAAUCCAGCUUUAGGUCAGCUAGUGCUACAGAUUAUAUACAGUUCACUUCCAUAUAUUCA